AUGCCCCCCAAAGCAGCUCCCCGGCGGACUACCGCGCCCCGGCAACCCAAUGACUCUGAAUCUACACCAGCGGCCGGCGCUGCUUCCACCCCGCAGAGCGCCACGCCAGGUCCGGGUCCGGGCCGGCCCCCCGCGCAACGCCUGCAGUCCCUCAAAACCCGCCGAGCCCCGGGCAGCAUCACCCCCUCCGCGGCGCGGCCGCCCUCUGCACUAGCCGGUGAGCCUGCCAAGCCUGUGCCGAUGAAGUACAAGCCCAAGGCGGUGGUGCGCCGCAGCGAGGCUGAGCGUGAGGCCAUGCGGAAGCUCGAGGAGGAGCGGAAUAGCGAGCGGCUGCGCGAGGCCGCGGCGAUCAAGCGCGGGCGCGGCGGGCGAGGUGGGCGAGGCGCGUUCCGAGGCCGCGGCGGGCCGGCUGGGAUGAUGGGCGCACAUGGGCCGUUCGGGUCUGGACUCGGCGGUGCGAAGCGUGGUGGGCGUGGCGGGUCAUCGACGGCCGGACGGAUGAUGAUGCGGGAUGGAGAGAGCGGUAGCCAUGGAUUUGACGACGACUCGGAUGAGGAUAGCUCGAUGGUGCGCAUUGCGAUUGAUAAUAUCGAGCUGGGCGACGACGAGGACGACGAGGAGAGUCGUGAUAUCAAGGGCAAGAUGCCUAUCCGGUCGCGGGAAGGCUUGCGGCCGGUGCGGGUGCUUCGUCUUGAACAUGAGGAGCGGGUCGUCAGCGUCAAUAUGGAGUCGAGCUCCAACAAGUCUGCGGAGAUUCGUCAGGAGAAAGAGAAAGCUAAGGCCGCAGAGGCAGCGCAGCAGAAGGCUGCAGAGGCAGCACAGGCGGAGCCGCGCGUGAAGGCAGAGCCGGUCGACGACGACACCCCUAUGGUGGAUGUGGUACCGCACGAUGAUGAUGGGUUCUUGCCGACGCAGAAGGUCCGCGUGCGCCGGAAGCUGCCGAGUCCUCAGCAGAAGGACGCCGACGUCGAAAUGGUGGAGUCGGCGUCACCCGAGGUCGUUCCUGCGCGAGACCCGCGCGAGCUGCUGCGGACGAAGGAGGAAAUUGACGAGUAUGACCGACACCUGGAGGACCUGGAUCACGUCCGCAACCUGCUUUCCUAUGAAGAAGAGCAAGAGCCAGUGGGCGAGAAGGGCACCGUCGACGCCGAUCCGGAUGUCCAGCCCACGACCGAGGGCGAGCCCGAAGCGGCGGUCGAAAAGACCGAUAACGAUGGCGAUGCCGAGCAGCAAGAAGAAGAAGAUAAUACCAACCAGAAGCUUCUGGGCCAACUUUUCCUCAUGCAAUUUCCCCCGAUGACCCCCAAUCUUACGCUUUCCGGGUCUACUGCUACCACCAACACCACCACCACUACCCCUGCCGAACGAAACCCCUCCCCCUCCCCAGGCGAGGUCAAGCCCGAAGACAACGUUCACGACCUCGACGGCCCGCCCGAAACACCGAAGGUCAUCACAGCGGCGACGGACUGGGCCCUGCCGGCCGGUCGGGUGGGCAAGCUCAACGUACACAAGUCCGGGCGGGUGACGCUGGACUGGGGCGGCAUCAGCUUCGAGUUAGACCGGGCGACCACAGUGGACUUUGUACAGGAGGCCCUGAUCGUGUCAAGCCCCGAGCCGGAGGUGGAAGGCCGGGCACCGAAGGAGGACGAGCAGCGGGUCUGGUCGAUGGGCGAACUCUGCGGGAAGUUCACAGUGAUGCCGAACUGGGACCAGAUGCUGUGA